AUGAAAGGGAUUUUUGCAGUGUCGGUCUUGCUGAACCGAAUGAUAUGCUGGGUAUCUGAAGUGGGACAAUCUACAAUUGAGCCAGUUGUUGAUGAGGUAGCAUUGAACCAGAUGAAGAUUCCAUUCCUUAGUGGACCUUCACAUAGUGGAAUUGGCCUAUUGAAGAAUCCUGCGAUAGCUGCUGAAAUACAAGAUGGAGUUCCACUAUCGGCAAUUAUGAGUACAGUGAGUCCAACUUCAAGCAUGGAGGGUAGUUUCUAUUCAGACCUGAGUCUUAGCAUGGCACCCAUAGUAACGUAUUUCAGCAAAGAAAUCGGAAAGUUUCGUACAUGGUAUGAAUCUGUUGAAAGUAUAAUGAGUGAUCAGAUGAGAAAAGAGAUUGUUUCUGAAAUGUAUACGAUUCAUAGCGAAGACAGUGAGUUGGAGACGUUCUGGGCAAUGAUUCAAGGGCCGCUGUUAGUGAAUACAAUGCCUUCACUGAAUGAAAGCUUUAAAAAACUAGAUUUGAUGGUGAAUAAAGAAAAAACAGAGGGAAGUGAAUACAAUUAUGAGUUCAACGAGCUUCUGAAAGCACAGACUGAUAACGAUUUGAAUUAUCUUGAGGAAUCAAAGUUUGCCAUAACGAAUCUUGAGCUUGGAAUCUCAAGGUAUGGGAUGAGGAUAUUCACUGAAGUUGUGGAGCCAUUUUUGAACUCAACAGUUAAUUUCAAGAGUUUACAGAGGAUGCUAGGGAAUAUGGUGGGAACAUCUAAAAGCUUAUUAAUAAACUGA